AUGAAACUGAUGAGUAUUACAUUGCUGUUGACCUCUGCUGUCGCAGCACAUGUUAUCCCACUUCCAAAAUUGGCCUUGCAGAAUACCGACUUGUUCGAAGGAGAUAUUUUGGGAAUUGGCAGCCCUGAGGACAGAAACGCCAUUCCUAAUGACAGUCAACGCUGGACAGAGGGCGCGAUUCCUUACGUGAUUGACAGUUCUCUUUCUGGUUUGACACAAAUGAUACAGCAGGCAAUGAACCAGUAUCACAAAUACACCUGCAUCAGAUUCAAGAAGAGGACUACGGAGACCAACUAUGUCAGAAUGUUCAAAGGACAAGGUUGCAAUUCCUUCGUUGGAAACAUCCAUAGAGGAGCGCAGAAUUUGUCUCUAGGCUACGGAUGUGAAUAUCUUGGAACUGUCGUACACGAAUUGGGACAUGCGGUCGGAUUUUGGCAUGAACAUACUCGGUCUGACAGGGACGAUUAUCUUAAUAUUCACUGGGAAAACAUCAUGAAUGGGAUGGAAAUCUGGUUUAAAAAGAUGAGUGUAUUUGAAAACCGCCUGCUUGAUACGUUUGACUAUGACUCCAUAAUGUUAUAUGGGGAGACAUCGUUCUCCAAAGACGGACGUUCACGUGUCAUGACUGCAAAAGACGGAACUUUCUUGAAAGAGCCCUACAAUAAGCCUGGUUUGAGCAAAAGUGACAUUCUCCGUAUCAAUAAGCUGUAUGAAUGUAAUUAA